UCAUUCAAUAAACUCAAAUCUCAGAUCACUCACUCACUCUUAAAUUCACAUUCACAUUCGAAUUCGAAUUCAAAUUCAAAUUCACAUUCAGAUUCAUGGAUUGCUUUUCUUCCCCUUAUCACCACUACCGCCACCACCACCGCUCUCGAACAAAGUCGUCGUCGCGUUUGGCUCGAAAGAGCGAAAACGGAACGGUGGAGCCAAUUCAAAUUUCCCUCGACACGGUUACGUCGCCGCCGCCGGCGACCGCGAAGCCUUCGGCGGCGUCUCCGACGAGCUCUCUUCCGAUCAAGGAGCUUCUGCUUCUGUCGCCUUCCUCGGCGCGGAGGUCGAAGGCGCGGUUCGACGAGGAGGUGCCGGAGGCCGCCGGAGUGCGGCGGCGGUGCAAGAGCCGGGCGGCGGCGGCGGCGCAGGCAGCUUCGCCGAGGAGCUUGCGGAGGUGGAGAAGGGAGGAGAAGGAGGGAGUGGCGGUGGAGGAGGUUGUGAAACAGAGGAAGAGGAGGCACAGUGGGAGACAUAGGAAGGAGAGACUCAGCUUGGUGCCUUUUCAACCACCUUCUACUUCUUCUCCAACAACAACUGAUGAAGAGAAUAGGGGUGAUCUGGAUCGUGUUGGUGCGUUGAUCAGUGAUUUAAUAAUGUGGAAAGAUGUUUCAAAAUCGACCCUUUGGUUUGGUUUGGGGUGUCUUUGUUUCUUGUCUUCUUGCUUCACUAAAGGGGUCAACUUUAGCAUUUUCUCGGCCAUAUCGCGAUUGGCAAUUCUCUUGUUGGGUGUUUCAUUCUUCUCAAACUCAGUUUGUCAAAGAAACCAGGUUGAGAAAAGGAGUUUUGCCAAGCUGAAAGAAGAUGACAUUUUACAUCUAGCAAAAUUGAUUCUUCCUGCACUAAAUUUUGCAAUUUCAAAGACUAGAGAACUGUUUUCAGGAGAACCGUGCAUGACCCUGAAAGUGGCUCCUUUCCUUCUACUAGGAGCGGAGUAUGGUCAUCUUAUUACAAUUUGGAGGCUUUGUGCCAUUGGAUUUUUUGUCAGCUUCAGUGUACCAAGGCUUUAUUCUUGUUACUCUGCUCAGAUAAACCUGCGAGUCGAGUGCUUGAAAUUGCGAUUGUUGGACACAUGGAGUGCUUGCACUCACAAGAAGAUAGUGAUUGCAUCAGUGCUUAUUGCAUUCUGGAAUCUAUCUACCAUAAAGACUCGAAUCUUCACAGCAUUUAUAUUGCUUGUAAUACUCCGAUAUUUCCGGGAAACUAUAAUGCAACCUGUAGAAGAUGGUGAAGCUCAAGUGGCAGAGAAGGAACAGAAGCAGGCAUUGGUGGUGGUGGCAGAACCUGAGGAAGAGGAACCGCAGAAGGCACUAGUGGUUGCUGAAAAACAGCGCCAAUGCUAGAAACUUUGUUCAUCCGGCCAUUUCUUUACACAGAGCACGAAUAAGUGUAUCUUGCGCCCUCAGAUUGGGUCAUUUCUUUGCAGUUAGAUUAACAAUAAAAAUAUGUGCUUGAAGUCAGCCAAUGUUCAAUAUUUGCAAUCAAAAGGCAUUUUAUAGUCAUAAUAGUCAGCCAGUUGUCUAAAUAUCUUGCACCUAUAGUCUAUAGAUGGGGCAUUCCUUUGUAGCUAGGUGAAAAAAAUAAUAAAUGUGCUUUCAUUGCAGAAAUUGAUUCAAGUUAGUGCACAAAUGUAUUAAAUAUUAAUUCAUAUACAAGGAAAUCCAGCUAAGUCUAAUUUAUCACGUAACUCAGAUAUUCAGUAGUGAGAAGCUUCAUAUU